UACAACUAGCCAAUAUUUCAGAACUAAAAUGGAAGGAAAACUCGAUUGAAAGCGGAUAAUUUGUUAGUCUUAAAUAAAUAUGGCCAAACAGAGCUAUGACAGUCAUACACUUUAAUCGUUAAUUGGUGUUUUAUUGAAGCUAUUAUGAGUAAAUCAGCUGACCAGGAGGAUGAGGAAUUUAAGAUUGUGGUGGAGGGUAAAUCUCUUCAUUGCCAUAAACGUUUAUUACGAGAGAAGAGUGAAUAUUUCCGUGCAAUGUUUGACAGUUCUAUGAUAGAGAAUCAGGACAAUGUUGUCACCUUACAAGACCAGGAAUAUAGUGUUGUAUCAUGUCUGAUAGAAUUCAUUAAAACUGGAGAGCUGAAGAUACAGCGUGGAGCUAGAAACAUGAAAAAGUUAACAGAAGCUGCAGUUAUCUUCCAGGUAGAAGAUGCUAUAGAGAGUUGUACAGCCUACUGGAAACAAACCAUUAAUAAUGAAACCUGCUGGUCCCUGAUGACAUACAGUAAAUCACUUAACCUGGAACAAUUGUAUAGCUGUGCAAAAAGACAUGCUUUAUAUUAUUUUAAUGAAGUUAUUAAAAGUGAUGACUUUCUUCAGUCAAAUGUCAAUGAUUUGGUUGAAUAUUUGUCCUCACCACAUCUGAACAUUACAAGUGAAGUAGAAAUUUUAGAUGCCAUUAUGAGAUGGUAUAAUUUUGAUAAGUCUGACAGGAAAGCACAAUUGAAGGAAUGUUUGCCAUGUUUCCAUGGUGAGGAUGUACAUGUACUUGUAGACAACUGGGACUUUGUCAAAAAUCAUGAAUUGAUGAGAGAAUGUGAGGAAUGGCAAGAAUAUAUAGAUAACAUUAACAAAAAAGAUGAUAAUGUCAACAGAAGUGAUGAUAAUGUUAAUAAAAAUGAUGAUGAAGCAAAGAAUAAAGAAAAGUUUCGUAAGCUCCCUGUUAUCUUCCUUUCUAUUGGUGGAUAUGUUUUUGGUGAAGAACCAUGCACAGAUAUCUGUAAGUUUGAUGAAAUCACAGAAACAUUUCAACCGUUUCUUGAUCUUAAAGAUGUAUACCCACAAGUGGGACAUAAGAUGGGAUAUCAGGUCACUAUAGUUGGUAAGGAUGUGUAUAUGAGUGGUGGUCAACUAUGUAUGACACGUUACUCUAUGAUAAUGGAUGUAUGGAAACUUGAUGGAUUUGACUUGAAAUGGGAGAAGGUAACUGAACUACCAUCACCAAGGAGACAUCAUGGAGCUUGUGGUUCACAUGACAGCCUGUAUAUCAUGGGUGGAUUUGGAAAGUACAGAGAUAUUCUGGACACAGUGCAACAAUAUGAUACAGUCAAUGAUACAUGGACAGACCUCACAAAAAUGCCACACACCUGGUUCACACCACAAGCUGUUUAUUGUGACAGUAAAAUCUAUGUGUAUAAAACCUUCCUUGUCUGCCUUGAUCUGUCAACAUUGGAAUGGACUACUAUUAGAAAAACAGCCUGCUAUAUUGAUGAUAUGUACAUUUUCACUCCACAAUACUUUGGUGGUUAUAUCUACGAAUUUCCUUAUAUUGAUAGUGGACUUGAUUGGCUCUAUGAGCAUGAUAUGUUUGAAUUACCAAAAUUUAUCAUGAGGAAAAUGAAUCUGGAAACAGGAAAAUUAGAGGGAAUAGAUUUUAGUGAUUCCAUUCAGUUUGGAAAUAAAUGUGUUGUGAGUAAUGGCAAGUUUUACCUUAUUAACAGACACAGUAAGGAGUUUGUUAGUGGUUACCUACAUGAUUUCAAUGAAUGUAAGAAGAUAGGUAGUCAAGGUAAGGCAGGAGUUGAUUGUAACAUUCUUGCUGUACCCCACUAUCCUAUGUAUAAAAUCAAAAUGUAAAAUUUUACCCUUAGACUUUGUUCCAUUCAAUAACUCAGUGGGUAAUUGAUGUGCAAGUGUCUUACUCAAUACAAUAGAUAACUUGAUUAAGCAAUAGACAUAUAAUGCUGUAAUACAAUGAGGGCCAAAGUCAAGUAAGAAGACAAAUUACAAAUGUACACAGUACACGUUUUGGUCACUAGAAUGCCAGCUAACUACUAAUAGAGUGAUAGCACAUUUUUUAACAUGCUAAAGGAAAUAAAUGUAACUGAAGUUUGGAGACACUUGGUAAGAAUCUGCACACAAAACCCAUUUUACUGUCCGGUCAUGUCAUGUAACGAGCAUCCAUAUGUUACCACUUAUCUUCCCUUUAUCCUAUAACUUAAGUUAAUGAUUCUGUGACUUGAUGCUAAACAGAGGCCUUGAUUAUUAACUGGUUUUGGUCGCCUAUUUCAACAAGCUGGUAUAUCUAGUUAUUUUUUAUACUUUUAACACUUACAAAUCCAUGAUCUUCAUAUAGUAGCUCUUUUACAAACCAUGACAAAACCAUGACAAAACCAUGGACCUUCAAAAGUUUUAUUUGGGUGAUUCUACAAGAUGACAAAUAUAUUAAGUAUUAUAAAUGCUCCAGUAUAACUAUGCCUUUCAAUACAUGUAUGCUACUUAGUCAAAAUAAGCAAUAAAAAUGAGAACUUGAA